AUGAGAGCGAUAAAUUGUAUCAAUGCCGACAUGAGUUUUCCCGAUCUUGAAUCACCGUUGAAAUAUGUUUAUGAUAAAAACCCAAAAGAUGGAUAUAUCAGGUAUAUAUAUCUAUUAACAGGCAGCCAAAUUUACCGCUCCUGCGAAAUUUGUUCAAUUGUAGAAAAUCAAAAAGAAAACAAUAGAAUAUAUGCAAUAGGUCUUGGACCUGAAACUAAUCCUAGUUUCAUUAAGAAUGUUUCCUUGAGAAGUGGAGGUAAUUUCGUUUUGAUUGCUGACAAUGACAAUAUGAAAAAGAAAGUUAUCGAUUUGAUGAAAUCUUCUAUUUCUCCAUUUAUAGAUGGGAUUACUAUUCAAUGUGAUAUCAAUAAGGCAGAAAUGUGGCCUUCACCAUGCCGACCAUUAUAUUCUAGGUAUCCACAGAUUUUCUUUAUUAAGUCUUCCUGCUUAGAAAAUAUUUUGAUAAGUGGCUUCAAUCUUAAUGAAGAUAUUUCUAUGACUAUUCCCGUUUCUAAAUGUGAUGACAAUUUAGGAAUGAAGCAAUUAUUUAGUCGAUAUGUCAUCGAUGAUAUUGAAAUGGAUUCUUUGAUGGAAUUUAAUCAAGAAAGAAUGAUUUGGUGGUUCGAUGAAUGUAACACAUUAAUGGGGUUCUGUAACCAUCUCAAGAAUAAAUGCAUUGAGUUAUCUUUGGAAUCGGGUGUGCCAUCACAAUGCACGUCCUACAUUGGAGUUAAUUACCAGUCGGAUAUUGACAUGAGGAUAAACUAUUAUAGGAAAUAUUUAUGUAAGUGCCGCCCAAUAAUGCCUCCAUGUCUCAAUCGUAACCAUGUUAGAUCAAAAGCACUUGAGUCAUCUAAUAAUCGUAGUUAUUAUAAAUAUUCAAUAUUGCCGGAUUCAAAUAAUUGCGAUCAAAGCGGAACAAAAAUUUCUCGAGCUUACAAAACACCAAAAUGCAAUGCGAAGAAAGAUGAAAUGGGAAGUCUUAUCAUAAUUACUUUUAUAUUUUCACUUCUUUAUGGUCUAUUUUCUUUCUUUUUCUCAUGGUUUCAAAGAAUGUUUAAAGAAGCAUCCCCAGAAACUUUGAUCUUUAAUCAAAAUGCUGAUGGUUCAUGGAAUUAUUUUGUUAAUAUUGACCAGCAAAUUAAAUCAAAAUAUGGAAGAAAUGUAGCUGCCACUGUUGCCGCUGUUUCAUACAUCAGAAUGGCAUUCAAAUAUGACAUAACUGAAUACUCUCUCAUGAUCUCGAAGUCCAUUUCAUUCCUCAAGAAUAUUGAUAAACAAGUAGAUUGGGAUGAUGUCAUUAACAAUGAUAUGGCCAACAAAUCUAUUAUUAAGGAUGAUUUUGCUAAUACGAAUUCCCAUUGA